AUGUUCCCCCCACCUAUCGAUAUAGAUUGGUCUACUCUGGGCUUUAAAGUCCGAGAUGGCAAUGGCCACAUCGAAAUUCAAUUUUCUGAUUCGAAAUGGUCGGAACCCAAAGUUGUCGCCUCGCCUUUCCUUUCAAUUCAUGGAAUGGCACCAGGACUAAACUAUGGGCAACAAGUUUACGAAGGUCUCAAAGCCUUCCGGCAUCCGGAGAACUCCAAAAUCACUAUUUUCCGACCUGACCGUAACGCGAAACGCAUGCAGCACUCGGCAGAGGUGGUUUCCAUACCACCUGUGCCGGAAGACCUAUUUAUUGAGUGCGUGGGACGGGCAGUAGCCAUCAAUGCCGAGUGGGUACCGCCCCAUGAGUCCGGCGCAGCAAUGUACAUCCGGCCCAUGCUAUUCGGAUCCUCUGCGCAGCUAGGUCUGAGUCCACCCGAUGAGUAUACGCUUGCGGUGUUUGCGAUGCCGACUGGAGUGUAUCACGGGGCGAGUGCAGUUGAUGCCUUGAUUUUGGAGGAUUUCGAUCGUUGCGCACCAUUCGGGACGGGAAAUGCCAAAGUCGGUGGUAACUAUGCUCCUGUUUUGAAGCAUAGUGAUCGGGCCCGCGGGGAGGGCUUCGGUAUUACCCUUCAUUUGGAUAGCGCGACGCGCAGUGAGGUUGACGAGUUUUCGACGUCCGCGUUCAUUGGGGUGAGGCGUGAUGGUGAAAAGGUGACCGUUGUUCAGCCCGAUAGUCGCAAUGCGAUUGAUUCAGUUACGGCGGCCUCGGUUCUGGACAUUGCACGCUCUCUUGGGUACCAGGUAGAGAAGCGGCGGGUUGCCUAUGAUGAGCUGCGUGAGUUUAACGAGGUGAUUGCUGCCGGAACGGCGGCCGCGUUGGUCCCUGUUGGGAGCAUCACUAUGCGAUCGCGGGGGGAUAAGUUUGAGUACAACGUCGGAGCGCAGAAGGAGGGUGGAGAGAUUUACAAGAAGUUGCUAGAGACUCUUCGAGGGAUUCAGUCCGGGAGCGCCGAGGAUACUUUUGGGUGGAAUUACGAGGUUCCGGCGCUACCCAAGGGAUGGGAAGUGAAGGGACAUGAGGCUGAGCAGAACAGUGCCAAUUUCCCUUGA